AUGAACGUUAAUCCACACUUGCAGUUUCUUCAGCAACACCAAUCUAACCAACUGCUGUCUCAGCAGCAAUCGUCGCCGCAGAUUGCACAAUUACAGCUACAACAGCAGUUGCAAAGACAACAAUUACUCAGUCAACAACUUCAACAGCAACAGCAACAGCAGCAGCAGCAGCAGCAGAUCGGCACGCCUGUAGUGCAAAACCAACACAUUACCAACCCUUUGUUGGCAGCCUUGAAUGGAGGGAAUCCGUCAAGUAAUAGCGGCGCAGGUUUGACUUUGAGCUCGAAUCCAAUCUUACAACAGUUGCAGUUUCAACAGUUACAGCAGACACCCAACCUGGGUCCCGGAUUGUUAAACCAAUCUAUACCAAUUAUCAAGGAAGUCUGGGCGCACAACUUGGAGCACGAGUUUUACAAUUUACGUAGAUUUAUCAAUGAUAAAACUUGUACAAUUUUUGCUGCAAUCCACGAGGAGACCCCGGGGAUCGUUGCACGAGCCAUUGGUUCGUUUAAAACCAAUACCGAUUAUCACUUUCAGACAAUAAGAUGUAACUCGGAUCUCUUGAACUUGAUCCAGUUUAGCAUUUGUUUUACCAAGGUGAAGGAUAAUAUUGUCAGUAACUCGAUAAUAUGGCAGUUCAAUUUCGCCUAUGAUCUUACCAAGGAGAUGUACAAUGAGGAGCACUUGGCAAUGCUAUCACAGCAAUCGGCAAUCAACUUUUCUGCACACAUGUCCCACGGAAUCAAGUAUCUUGACUUUGCUGAGUUGUUAAUAGACAGUGGGUUAUUGUUGGAUGAGUCGGUAAAUUGGAUUUCUUACCAUGCAGGCUACGAUUUGGGCUUUCUUGUGAGUUUGUUAAUGAAUGCCAGCCUACCUGUUGACGAGCCUGACUUUUAUUGGUGGUGUCACAAGUUUUUUCCAAAUUUUUAUGACUUGAAAUAUAUCGGUAAUCAAAUUCUUCUGAGCGACGAAAAGUUGAAUAAGCCCUCGAUUGAGUAUUUGGCAGAGGAGUUACACUUGUUGCCAAUAUCCCCAGCUAUCCGCCAAUUGUUUGGUACAGUUAACAAUAGCCAGCAACAACUGCUAACCUCCACUUUGCACGCUUAUUUAUCAAUGGAGUGUUUCAAGGAGAUUUUGAGAAGAUCAAAAUAUGACUUGGACGGUCUUUCAAAGUUCAAAGGGCACUUUUGGGGUUUGGGCUCUUUUACAGAACACGAAGAUACAACGAAUGGCGCAAUACAAAUGGGUGAAAAAACUGGUACAGUUCAUUUCAGUAGAGCAUAA